AUGAGGUCCAUCGUCAGCCUCGCGAUCGCGGCAUCCCUUGCCGCCGGCGUUGUCUCUCAACCCCACAACCACCGUCACCGCCAUGUUAGGAAGGACGCCGCUUCGCCUGUUGACAAGCGAGACCCCGAUGUCGUCGUCGUGUACGAGGCCGGCCCGACUGUGAUUGCCUACGAACUGGGAGGAAAGCUUCUUACUGAAGAGGAGGCCAAGAAGGGUAUUGAAGACGGUCUGUUCGUCGUUGUUGGCGAGACCACGCCCACCUCGAGCCCUCUCCCGCCUGCUUCGACCUCCUUGGCCCCUAGGCCUUCCACCUCUAAGGAUGCCCAGUUCUUCGAGGCCAAGGUCAACACGCCCUCCACCUCGUCGACCCCGACUCCCACUCCCACUCCGACCCCGACCCCGACUCCCACGCCCUCUUCGUCGAGCCAGGCGGCCCCCACCUCCACCAAGUCCACGAGCGGAGGCUCCAGCAGUUCUGGCGGCCAGGGCGUUGACUCCGAGUUCCCCAGUGGCACGAUCCCUUGUUCCCACUUCCCCUCCGACUACGGUGCUGUCGCCGUCGACUACCUCGGCACCGGCGGCUGGACUGGUAUCCAGAGAUGCCCCAACUACAGCUUCGGUGAUGCGGCGAUCUCCUUCAUUGAGACCGCCAUUUCGGGUGACGGUGGAUGCACUAAGAAAUCUUUCUGCUCGUACGCCUGCCCCGUUGGCUACCAGAAGACCCAGUGGCCCUCCGCUCAGGGCUCGACCAAGCAGUCCAUUGGUGGACUUUACUGCAACAGCGACGGUUACCUGGAGCUCUCCCGCACCACCAAGAAGACCCUCUGCGAACAGGGUGCUGGUGGCGUCACUGUCAAGAACGACCUCAGCCAGGAAGUCAGUGUUUGCCGUACCGACUAUCCCGGUACCGAGUCCAUGGUCAUCGCCACCGUUCCUCAGCCCGGCGAGUCGUUGCCUUUGACCAACCCGAUUUCUUCUGACUACUACGUCUGGAACGACCAGCCGACCACCGCUCAGUACUACGUUAACAAGGCCGGCUACAGCGCCGACGUCGCCUGUGUCUGGAAGAGCCCCACGGACCCUCUUGGCGCUGGUAACUGGGCCCCCGUCAACAUUGGUGUUGGCAAGAGCUCCGACGGCAACACGUACAUCUCCAUCUUCAACAACGCGCCGACCUCGACCGCCACGCUCGACUUCAAUAUUGAGAUCACCGGCGAUGUUAACAGCAAGUGCGCGCUUGUUGGCGGCUCGUACACCGGAGGUGGCACUGGCUGUACUACGGCCGUGUCCGGCAGCGGAAAGGCUAUCAUCCGAUUCUAUAAGUAA